AGAGGCAGCGGGACACGCACGCAUCACUUUUGCUGCAAACUGCGCUUCUCUCAUCAACCUAAAAUCAACAUUGAAAUUGUUACAUCUACAAAAAAAAACCCAUUCAAAUCCUAAUGGGAAACGUGCAGCCCACCGUUGUCCCUUAUGAGGACUUUGAUGUUACUGCUGAUAUCAAGGAGAUCAGAAAAGCCUGCAAAGGUUUAGGCACUGAUGAGGAAACCAUAAUUCAGAUCCUGGCCAAUCGCUCCUCAGCUCAGCGUAUUGAAAUCAAGCAGGCUUAUUUUGAGAAAUAUGAUGACGAACUGGAGGAGGUCUUGAAGAAGGAGCUUACAGGAAGUUUUGAGAAUGCAGUGGUGGCCAUGCUGGACCCUCCUCACGUGUUCUUUGCCAAAGAGCUGAGAAAAGCCAUGAAAGGAGCAGGGACUGACGAGGCCGUACUGGUGGAGAUCCUCUGUACUGCAUCUAACGAGGAUAUCAUAAGCUACAAAGAGGCAUAUGCUCAAGUUCAUGAGCGAGAGCUGGAGGCAGAUAUUGAGGAUGACACUAGUGGAGACGUGAGGAACCUGCUGAUUUCCUUACUACAGGCCAGUCGGGACGAGGGCUAUGAAGUUGACGAUGACUUAGCUGAACAGGAUGCCACGGCUUUGUUUGAGGCAGGCGAGGGCAGAUUUGGUACUGAUGAAUCCACCUUCAGCUAUAUACUCACCCACAGAAACUACAUGCAACUGCAAGCCACGUUUAAAACCUAUGAGAAUCUCUCAGGCACAGACAUAUUGGACACUAUUGAUGCUGAGGCUACCGGGACGCUCAAAGACUGCUACAUUACCCUAGUGAGGUGUGCAAAAAACCCACAACUGUACUUCGCUCGACGCCUUAAUGCAGCUAUGAAGGGACUGGGAACAGAUGAAGAUACUCUGAUCCGGGUCAUUGUAGGGCGCUCUGAGAUUGAUCUGGAGACAGUGAAGGACCUGUAUCUGGAGAAGUAUGACGUGACUCUCAAAGAUGCCCUGGACUCCGAGUGUGGUGGAGACUUCAAACGCCUCCUCAUUGAGAUUCUGCACUGAAACACCACACUGCCCCCUGCUGGCCUUUACAGCACCACAACAUCUGUUCACUCCCUCAAUGUCACUAUUAUACUACUAUUAACAACUAUUCUCAGUAUUUAUGCCAGUGUACAUUUGAAGUAAAUAUGUCAUUACUGCUGCUUUCAUAUGUAUGGCUAAUGCAGAAAACUUGCUUAUCAUAUACAGUACAGCUUCUUUUUGUGUACAUCAGAUUUUGACCACCCAAUGCCUUUAAUAGUAAUUUAGCAAUGCAAAUCUGCAGCAGCAUAGAACACACAAGUGCCCAAUAUCCACUAUCACUGUAACACUUCAAUUACACUCAGUGAAGUCUUUGGUAGCUAAAUGUUUUUAGAGAUUUUUAAUGAAGACUGCCCCUUGUCUUGUUUUUAAUCUUAGCUAAUGCUGUUGUUUCUACUUAGAUAAACACUAUGACUGCUUUUAAUAUCAUAAAGGACAAGUACUGUUAAAAACAAAUAACCUCAAGUCCCAUCACUGUCUAUGCUCACAUACUUUAUUAUGCUUUUGUGUCAAAGUAAUAUAUUGUAAUACAUACAGCACUGUGAUGUAUUGCUGUCACAUAGAAAACCUAAUAAAUUAAUUGCAACA